AUUCUCAGUCACCAUUUCUGCCAUACUGGUAGUUACCAGGUUGUCCACCUGGAAGAUUUUGUGUACAGCCAGAAAUGUUCAUAUCACCAUGGAUCUGGGGAAUAGUAAUAAUACUCUGUUGCAGUUUUUGGUUUCUUCUAGGGAGGAGGAGGAGGCAAAAAGGAGAGCCACCACUUGAAAACGGGUUCCUUCCAUACUUGGGCUGUGCCUUGCAGUUCGGUGCCAACCCCCUCGAAUUCCUCAAAGAAAAGCAAAAGAAGCAUGGCCACAUUUUCACUUGCCGAGUAGCGGGGAAAUACAUUCAUUUCCUCACUGACCCUUUUUCAUACCAUUCAUUGAUACGCCAUGGAAAACACUUGGACUGGAAAAAGUUCCAUUUUGCUACUUCUGCCAAGGCUUUUGGGCAUGGUAGCAUUGACCCAGCAGAGGGAAACACCACUGAAAAUUUUCAUCAGACUUUCAUUAGAACCCUUCAAGGUAACGCCCUAGAUGACCUCAUCAAAGCAAUGAUGGAAAAUCUACAAGACGUCAUGCUGCAGUCAAGAACAUCUAAACUUCAGUUUAAUGCCUGGACAACAGAAGGACUUUAUAAGUUCUGUUGCCAGGUGAUGUUUGAGUCAGGCUUUUUAACACUUUUUGGUAAAGAAUUUAAUUCAAAUCAUGAGAAAAAUCUAUCAAAGCAGGAGACCGAGAGAGCACAUAUUCUAAAUGCCCUUGAAAAUUUCAAGGAAUUUGAUAGGAUCUUUCCGGCUCUUGUGGCGGGGCUGCCUAUCCAUCUGUUCAAGAGUGCCCACAGUGCACGUGAGAAGCUGGGGGAAGCACUGCUCCACAAGAACCUCCUGAAAAGGAACAAUCUCUCUGAGCUUGUCACCCUCCGCAUGUUCCUGAAUGACACUCUGUCAACCUUUGAUGACAUGGAAAAAGCGAAGACCCAUGUGGCAGUACUCUGGGCCUCGCAAGCCAACACCAUUCCUGCCACAUUUUGGAGUUUGUUCUAUCUUCUGAAGAAUCCAGAAGCAAUGAGAGCUGCUAUCAAAGAAGUGCAAAGCAUUUUGGAAAGUGCUGGAGAGAAGAUCAGCUUAGAUGGCAAACAUAUUUCCUUGAACCGAAAACAGCUGGAUAAUAUGCCAGUACUAGAUAGCAUCAUCAAGGAGGCAAUGAGGCUAUCGAGUGCAUCCAUGACUUUCCGAGUUGCUAAAGAGGAUUUCACUUUGCACUUAGAGAAUGAUUUUUACAACAUUCGCAAGGAUGAUAUUGUAGCUCUUUAUCCUCAACUUUUGCAUUUUGAUCCAGAAAUCUAUGCUGAUCCUUUGACAUUCAAAUACGAUCGCUAUCUCAAUGAGAACGGAGAAGAAAAGACUGACUUCUACCGCAAUGGUCGCAAGUUGAAGUAUUAUUAUAUGCCAUUUGGGACAGGAAUAGCAAAAUGCCCUGGCAGAUUAUUUGCUGUCCAUGAAAUUAAACAAUUUUUGGUUUUGAUAUUUUCAUACUUUGAGAUAGAGCUUGUGGACAACAACGUGCAGUGUCCUUCAUUAGAUCAAUCCCGUGCAGGACUGGGGAUUUUGCAACCAUCCAAUGACAUUGAUUUCAGGUAUAGACUGAAAUGUCUAUGAAUAUAUAUAUGUUUUAUUAUAUCUAUAAACUGUGUACAGUAUAAAUACACUAUAUAACAUAUAUUUUGUAUAUACAUUACGUAUGUAUGCAAGUGAAACAUUGUAAGUCUCAGGGGAAAAUCCAUAGGAAGAUGCUACUUCAUCAACCUAAUAGAGAAUACAUAAUACUAUUAUGGUACCAGCAGAAAAUGGGUUUAAUGCAUGUUGUUGAUACAAAAGUUACUCCUUUUACCAACCAUUCUAAAAUGCAAGUUGUGACUUUGAGUUGUGUAUGUACAAUAGUUCAUUUUUUUUCUGCCAGCAACUACCUUCCCAGAGUAAUAUAGUUAAAAUUUCAUCAGGUAGUUCAAAAUAAUUAUAAAAAUUCAACAAGAGUUAAACCAUACUCUUUUUUUAUAACUGAAAUGUUGGAGGUGGAGGGUUCUCACCAUGGGUGAAAUAAGAUUUUUAUAGUAUAAAGGCAGACUGGGGGAGGGGAGAAUUUCCUGGGGAAGUACUUUUAUGUUUUUAUUAAAAACUAGAAAAGACUUGAAUAAAAUCUACAAAAUCUUUCACGUUCUAGUGAAACUGCAGAAUCUGUAUCAUAUUCAUUGUAAUAUAUAUUUCUGUUCAGAAAGUUUUUAACUGUAUUACAAUAAAUGAUAUUAUCUGCACUAAA